CACUUUCAAUCCCUGGUUUUCUGUGUAACACUUUUUGUCAGGAAAAACAAAACCGUAAACCUGGGCUGGUUGUGUGUUGGGGGAAGAGAGAGGGGAGGGGGUUGGUGGGUUUUCCUUUAGCCGAAAUGGAGGCCAGCCUGACCUGUGCGGUUUGUUUGUCGGUGUUCGAGAAUCCCACCACCCUGCCCGUCUGCUCGCACAAUUUCUGCAAGAAAUGCAUCUUGGAGUGUGUCACCAAAUCCUUCUCCUACGGCCUGGGCUACAGCAGCAGCAACAACAACAACAUCUGGAGGAACAGUCAGCUGGAAUGUCCCCUUUGCAGGAAGAACAACUUCAUCGCCGAGGGAGCCGUCAAUUUGCCCGGAAACACCACCUUGGCCGAGGUGGUGAAACUUUUCCGAUCGCAGCAGCAGAUGGUAGGAACCGGGCUGGAGGAGCAGCAGGAGGAGGAGAGUGGCGGCGGCGCGCGGUGUCCCGGGGCUCCCGCUCCCAGUCCCGGGGAGCGCGAGCUCUGCCAGCGCCACCCGCACAGGAAGCUGCAGCUUUUCUGCAAGGUCUGCAAACAGCUGGCGUGCGGCCAGUGCGUGUCCGAGGAUCAUCGCGGGGUCUUCCACGCUGUCAAUCUGGUUGACAUGAUCUACCAGGAGGAAAAGCUUGAGUACUUCAACAACCUGAGAGAACUGAGGCAGCUGAAUAACAGACUAAAAAUUGAAAUUGAGGACACCCCAUCAGAUAAUGAGGUGGCUUGUGACUUAAAUGAAAGGGUAAAGAGCAACCUUGCUAUCGUCCUCCCUACUUUAGAGAAGCAUGAUGAAUUGACUUGUCUGCAACCACACCAUUUUCUUAUAAAACCAGUGAUGGAUAGUAUCUCUGCACUCCAGUUGACCAAAGAUACAGUAAAACCCACUAGCACCUUGGAUCCUGACAAUACUGCAAGUAAACCAUGCACAGAUAGUUACCGAUUUAAAGCUACUUUGAACAUGUGGAAACAGCCUAAGGAUUUUAUAGAAGCAAAGUUUUCUCCGGAAACUGUAUUUGAAUUUGGCCAUCGUGAUCAUCUUUGGUGUAUUUCUGCAAAAGACGAAUAUCAGGACAUGAGCCUAGAGGAACUACGCUACAAACACUAUCGGUCCUAUAGAAAAGACUGGAACUGCUUUGUGACCGAAGAAUAUUCUGAUAAUGAAAAUGACCCAGUGCCUUCAGUGUCCUCACUCUCUACAGAGCUACUCAAAACAUCUGAUUCCUUACAGCAGCCCCAAGCUAAACUGUUUAGUUUUGGUCAAUCCAUUAAAAAAGUAAAAAAGAAAUUUCGUGGCAACAGUUCAGGCAAAUUAGCGUUCCAUUUGCAUCCUAGUUCAGGAUCUGUUAACAGUAUCCCAUCAGUCUCAAACUCGGAGAUGUUGCUAUCCAAUAGUUUUGAAAAGUUGCUUAAUGUAAAAGAUAAAAAGCAAAAACAUGAUCCUAUUCCUUCAUCAAUUCGAUCUCAAACCAUCUUGAGCAACACAAGCGUUGUUGGAAGCCUAGCAACAGCCACGGAAUCUCUUUCAGCUACUCUGAGCUCGUGUACAACAGUGACGGACUUUGACAAAACAGCUGAAUGUCAGCAAAAGCCAUUUACCUCCAGUGUUAGUGGUUUUGCAAUAUCUAAGUGCUCUGGUUCAUCAUCCACACAAAAUAAUUCCAGUACUUCAGAUUUUAGUGCAAAACUAGUUAACCCCACAAUCACUUCUGGAAGUUCACUGUCGUCCAUGUUAUCCAGUGUCUUUACAUUUGGAAAUACCUUAGCCACCAAAACAGGAAAUCAGCAACCACUGCCAAAAUCACAAAGUUUUUUGUUUGAGAAGAUUAAUCCACGCUCCGCUACAAGUAAUUCAAUCAGUAGUUUAACUUCUGUGCUUCACAAUAAAACAACAUGUGAUUCACCUGGUAAACAUACGAACCAUCAAAAUGGCCACGCAAACUGCCACACGUCAUCCACUUACAACAGCAAAAUGCUUUCAGAUUCAAUUGGAACAGCAUCCACUUUUCGCUCUAGGUAUGUGACAGAACCAAGUUCACAAGAAAGCUCACCAGAACCUUUUAAGUUUGGCACUUCAGUAGUCUCGAGUGAUCAAGCCAAGUCGGCACCAUUAUUUUCCUUUCUCAACCCUGGAACUGAAAAAUCGGAACUUUUGUCCAACCUUAUCCCCAACACAAAAUCAGCAACUGGAUCAAGUGAAUCCUCAAGAAACCCACAAAGUUUAACUUCUAUCACAGGCUCAGUUGUUGCAAGAGAUAUAUUUAAGCCCUUUAAGUUUGGCCCAGUAUCCAGGAGUGAUGUUUCAAAUUUGAAUGAAAAACCAUUUUCGCCAACUACCAGUAGAUCGACUACAGCGAGCUCUGAUUUUAAAUUAGAUGAUCCAGGUAUUGUCAUGCCUGCUUCAAUCUUAUUUGCUUCACCAUCAUCAGUUUCCUCAACCUCAAGCCCAACACCUUUCGAACAAAGCUUUCUAACAUCUCAAAGCAGCAAUAAGUCUUUGAAUUUUUUUGCUAGUUCUGCGGAAACCUCCCCUGUUUUUUCCAGGACAUGUUCAACUGGCUCUAAUUCUGUCAAUUUUACACCAGUUUUUGGUCAGAUACUCUCUUCAGCAGUUGGUCAGCAGCAGAGCACUGAUACACCAGACAAUGGUACUGAAGCAAAGGAAAUGUCACCCUCAGAGAUAUCCAUAAAUGCUGAACCAGUUGUUUUAAAAAACUGGAAAAGUUUAACUCCUAUCACUGCUUCGGUUGUUGCAAGAGAUGUAUCUGAUCUCUUUACAUUUACUCAAGUAUCCAGGAGUGAUAUUCCAAAUUUGAAUGAAAAACAAUUGUUAUCGACUUUGGGCGGAUCAACUUCACCAAGCUCUGAUUUUAAAUUAAUAGAUUCAGGUGUUGUCAAAUCUGCUCCAUCCUUAUUUGCUUCAUCGUCAUUGGUUUCCUCUUCCUCCAGUUCCUCCUCUUUCUCAAUACCAGUUGCACAAAACUUGCUGCCUACUCAGAACAGCAUAAAGCCUUUCAGUCUUUUUGCUAGUUGCACUGAAACCUCCCCUGUUUUCUCCAGGACAAAUGCAACUGACUCUAAUGUUCUGGCUUUUAUAGCCAGUUUCACUCGCAAUCUCUCCCCAGCUGUCAGUCAGCAGCAGGGCACUGUUACGCCAGCCAAUGUUAUCAAAGUGAAUGAAAUCCCAGCAUCAGUGUUGCAAUUAACUGCUGAACCAUCUAAACUUAACAGAGCACAUUCAUCCAGUUUGAAUUGUGAGGAUUUGGCACCAGCAGUAAGUCAGCAACAGGGUUCUGAUAAAACACCAUCUCAUAUUGAUGCUGAAACCUGCAAACAGAAAGAAACUUCACUAGUGGAAAUGUUAACUUCUGAACCAGAAAUAUUUCACAGGACAGAAGUUGCUAGCUCUGAUUGUGUGGAUUUUGCAGCAGGAUUCAGCAAGGAUCGCUCUUCAGUCAGUCAACAGCAAACUCAAGUUGCACCUGUAGAUGUUGUUGACAAAACCAGCAAAGAAGAGGAAGUAUCAGCCUUUGAACUGCCCCUAAAUAUGCAACCAGAUGUACUUGAGAAAGGAUCAGUUCCCCUUUUGCAGCUUAAUAAUGCAACACCUACACUUGAAAAUCCUUUGGAGAGAUUUAGUAAUAAUAUAAAUAAAGAAGGCAAAGAACCUCUCGUUUUUGAUAAUAAAAGCGAUGUACAAGUAUCACAUAUUUCUGGAAACCAAGGUCCAUCUAAAGUUCACCAGAGUUCAGCAGCCACCAGUAACUAUUGUCAUGUGGAACAUGAAGAUAGCACAAGUGAUAAAGAGGACCCUCCUCUUCGCACAAAGAGAUGGACAAAUAUAGAAACACUAAAUUUGUCACAUAAUGGAGAUUCUAUAUUUAUUUCUGAAACUGUUGAAUCUAAUAGCAGUAGUUUUGCAGAAGCUAAUAAUGGUAGAACAAGAGAAGAUAUUCAGAGCCUAACAGCAAUAAAUCACUCACUUUCCAUGGCUUCUUCUACAAUUUGUUGCCCAAUUUUUACAUUUGGUGCAGGUAGUGAUUUCCAAUUCAAACUAGGUGCAAAUGACCUAGCAAAUGCCACAGGACAACAGGGGAAUAAUAGGGGAGAUUGUAAAACUAUACACAAACCAAUGUUUCCAUUCCCUCCACCAGUUAAUCAUCCACCUGCAGGGUUAGAUGCAGAAAAUGUUCUCUUCUCUAACAGAGCAAAGCUGUAUUGCUUUGAAAGGACAAUCUUGCAAUGGAAGGAACGAGCGUUUGGAGAAAUUAGAGUUUUAGAGCAUAAAGUAACAAAACUACCACGAUUAGUAAUGUGGAAUGCCACUAAUAAAUGCUGUGCCAAUCACUGGAUCACAGGAGACCUGGAGCUGAAGCAUGCAAAAACCAGUAAUCACGUCUGGACUUGGCGUGCACUGGAUUAUUCGGAGAAUAAACAGGCCCUUCUAGAGUUUGCCGUACACUUUAAACUAAAAGAAAUGGCUCAGGUGUUCAAGCAAGUAAUUGAGAGAGUGCAGAGCACAACUGAGACUUCUCGGUUAGCAGAAAAAGAUCUGUGCUGUUCGGCAGAAAAUGAAAAGAAUGAUCAAAAUGGAGAUAAUAGUCCUAAUUCACUUGCCGGAGCAUCUGAUUUGCAACAAGAAGGAACGCUUCUGCAAGGAAUGGAAGGACAGCAGGAUGAAGAAGGAGAUGAAGAUGUGGUGAUGUUGAGUGAAAUUACACCAACUCCAGAGCAGAGGGCUCUUGCCUUAGAGUUGCUUCUUCCACCAACUUUCUUCUGUUACAAGAACACGCCAGGUUACCAGAGCAGUGACGAUGAAGAGGAAAAUUUUGAGACAGCAGUAAGGAAGCUCUACACUAACUACAAUAAAUAUGUUUAAUGCCUUCUCCUGUGCCUUGAAAAUAGAGCCUGACGAGUGCUAUGGAUGCUUCAAGUGCUGAGUGGAUCAAUGUCACGUUUACAUCUUUGCUACCCAUUAAUUAAAGUGUUUCUUUGUCUGUUAGGCAGUAAAUUAUUAUUUCACAUUUUUUUGCUGUAUCUGUUGAUGUGAUAGAAUGUUGCUAUUUUACAAUUGGAUUUAGUCACACUCAUGCCGUGGUGCCGUGUACCAACUUUAAUUUUGAAAAGCUUUUGAACUGAGUCAAUUUCACACUUUUAUAUGAAGGAGCACAAGUCCAGCAAGUACUUCUAAAGUGUUUUCAGGUAGAAGUCUUAAUAUCUUGAGUUCGGACAGUAAAUGUUAGUAAGCUAAUAGACUUUGGAGGGACCAUAGUGCACUCAACAUGAAUACCAGUCGGAAGCAGAAAACGUAGCUUCCCUCUUCCCUUCCCUCAGCCCAGAAAUUACCUGAGGUCAGUUGUGGAGCCCCUUUGCUACCCAGACUAAGAUCAUCCUGGUAUACAGUAUAUGACUCAGUAUCAUUUUGGCUGGUGCAUUUCUCUUCUGAGCCUUGGAGAUUUGUGUAACAGGUUUGACUCGUAUUCAGACUCAAAUAGAUUAAAUGAUGACACUGGCAAAAGGUUCAGUAAUACAACAUUCUUUAACUAACUUUAUUGAACUUUGCUUCAAAACCACAAGGAUAAGAAUAGCACGCUGAUAUUCACCUGUUCAUCUGCAGUCACUGCACAGAAGUUAUCAAUGAUCUGUCUCACCCUGUCCUUGCCUUUACUUUAUUACUUACUAUGGUCUCAUUCUCUUAUCCAACUCUGUAAUUACUGAUUUAGGGACUAAAAUGUUUUCCACACUCAGUUAACUGGUAUGAUUCCACAAGCAUUUCUUUUAUCCAGCUCAGUUCGACCCUUAGUCUUUGGUCCGAUUCCCACUCCGUGCACUGAUCAUAUGGCCAGGGGAAUUGUUGCUUGAGGUCAGAGGUCCUGGCUGCCCAGCAGUGAAACAAAGUGGUAUGGCCCUUUUAUCCACUUGAGUGCACAGCUUUCCUCGUGCUCAGGCCUAGUGGUAGUCAAUGAUUAGCUUAUUACCUGCAUGUGGCUCUGUGAGUGGUCAAAUAUGAUAUCACUCAUCGUGCUAAGGAUCCGUUUCCUGUUCCUGGUCAAGACCCCGCUCUGGCUGUUACAAGAGCUCAUAACGGGGCCCAUGGUAUAAAUCAGGCUAGUCCAACCCAUGGCCUGCAGGCCAGAUCUGGCCCACCAAGCCUCUGUAGCCAGCCCUCGGGUAUGUUCAAUGAGAGGUUCUGCAAGGAGCAGCUCCUCCAAGCAUGGGCCGUUUCUCUCCCACAUUUACAAAUUAGGGGAGGAAUAGUGAGCAGUGGAAGGAUGACUGGCCUCCCACAGUGUACGCUCUCUCUUCCUUUGGCCUUGUUCUCUUUCUCAUCCUCCCGCGCAGGGUCAAGGUAGCAGAAAGGCCACGAGGAACAGCAGAGUUGCAGCAACAGUGCCCACCUGGCCCCUGCCCACCGAUGGCAGCUGGAGUCCUAGCCAGGGCGGAGUGAGGAAGCUCGUCUCUUCACAGCGUCCCGAAUUCCUCCUCAGUGGUAAGAUGUUCGAACAUACUGGGCUUGGGUCAGGAGUGAGUGAGUCUGAGCGAGUCAGCCUCUAUGUGAAUGACUGAGCCCGUGUCAGUGAGUAAGUGAGUCUGGGUAAGUGAGUGAGUGAGAGAGAGAACCCAGAGACUGGGAGUGAGCUGGACACACACACACACACACACACCUAGCCCUCCUCCUCCUCCUCCCUCCCCGAAAACCUAUCCACAAAGCAGGCUGGGAGAGGAGGAAAAUCCAGGCUGAAAGGCAACCUGCUUCCCACCCCCACAUUUGUAUGAAUUCAGCCAAGCUCAGCACAGGGUGUGUGCCAUCAGAGGUACAUGCAAGGUCAAUGUUAGUUAAAUCCAACUCCUUAGCUCGGCCCCGGUCCCCACCUGUUCUCUGGUAACCAGGUCUUGGGGCCUAGUCUGUCUCUCUCCGGCUCUGCUUCUUAAGUGAAAAGGCAAGAAAAGUCUUAUUGAUUAACUCUGCUACUUGGCACUUUUUAAUGGUCAUUUGAUUAAUUACUUCUUUAAAAAUGAGCAAUUUAUUGUUUUGACAUUGAUUUGUUUUUGAAAUUCAUGUUUAAUGUUGUGCCAAACCUUAUCUUGCUGAAACAUGCUCAUCAGCACCUUGAGUGAGAAAAAAAUGGAAAUGUGACCCCCCCCCCCCCACCAACCCCAACGUGAAAAACUUGGGAUAAGCCUACUGUAAAUGUUUUGAUAUGCAUGCAUCCAGGCUGUCUGUCAUCAAGGUAAAUGCCUUAACAAUUACUGGUGAUCACUUUGACCAUUACUGGUAAAUCAUUAGUGUCUGAGAUGCUGAUGGUAAGAUACAUCUCCAGUCUCCAAAUACUGAGAACAAAUAUCCAAACAAAAGAUUUCCUGUGUUGGAGAGGGUUAGUCCAGACAUGGCGGCUCGCCACAAAUUCGCUGGGAGAGAGAGGAACUGACACUUUUAAAAUGAACACUGACUCAGCUAAUCAGUCCUCCAGUUCAUAUAUAUACAUGUCCAUUACACUCAUUAACUUUCUGUUGCACUGGUUUUAGAUAUUUUUAGAAUAAAAUGUUUACACCUUGA